CCUUUAUUCAAGCAUCAGAACAUCAUCCAGCUUCAUAAUCAUCAUCGUCUUCGCCUUCCUCUGUAAUUAACAGCAAAGCUGAAGAGUCAAACCCACCCGGGGCUCUUCUCUCCCUUCCAUUCGCAAACUCAGCAAAGCCGAAUCUACAAUUUCGCUCAAACAGAGCUCCGUCUAAACCCUAAUUUUGCUCCCUGGUGCUUGAGCUGUUGAGAUUUGAUAAUUUAGAUAGGUUAGAUUGUGUGCAUUAUUUGAGACUCCAAUCCGGGUUCCAUGUAUGGGAUCAUAUGGAUAAGCUAAGAAUUUGCCACUUGGAAAUUGGGGCGAGCACUGUUUUUUGGUGAAGUUGACUUUUAAUCCGCCAUUGAUUGGAGUUUAUUUAUAAAGCUUGUAGAUUUCUGGAUUGAGUGCAGUAUGCCGGUGGUAGUUUGGAGAAAAUGCAAAGGUAUCAUGCUGCAACCUGCACUAGUGCAGUUAAUAACAAUUCUGUAGGAGGGCCAACAGCUAGGGAUACCAUCCGUGCUGAUUCAUCGUCACUGGCCACUAAUUUCUCCCAGAGUUCGAGGCGGCCAUCUUCGUUGACAGCGUACAGGUUGAAGUGUGAUAAAGAACCUUUGAAUUCCCGACUUGGUCCCCCAGACUUCCAUGCCCAAACUCCAAAUUGCCCUGAGGAGACUCUCACUAGAGAGUACGUGCAGUCUGGCUACAGGGAGACCUUUGAAGGACUUGAGGAGGCAAGGGAGAUUUCACUUUCGCAGGAUCAAGCUUUUAGUAAGCCUGUUGUACUUAGAUGCAGAGAGGCAAUCAGAAAGUGUCUUAGAGCCAUCAAUGAAUCUCGUGCUCAAAAGCGCAAGGCCGGUCAAGUCUAUGGUGUACCUUUAUCCGGUUCACUUUUAACGAAGCCUGGUAUCUUUCCUGAGCAAAGGCCUUGUAGUGAAGAUUUUAAGAAGAAAUGGAUUGAGGGUUUAUCACAACCUCAUAAAAGAUUGCGUUCUUUGGCCGAUCAUGUUCCUCAUGGAUACAGGAGGAGGUCUCUUUUUGAAGUUCUUAUUAGGAACAAUGUUCCAUUGAUUAGGGCGACUUGGUUCAUCAAAGUAACUUAUCUUAAUCAGGUUCGACCUGGUUCUGCCGGUAUUUCUUCUGGGCCGCCUGACAAAACACAUCUGUCUCGCACAGAGCUCUGGACAAAAGAUAUUACCGAGUACUUGCAACACCUACUUGAUGAAUUUGUUUCAAGAAAUAAUUCUCAUUCUAUGCCACACAGCAGGGAUAGAUCCUCUCAAAUGCUUUAUCCUAUGUCGGCACAGAACAAACGUGAUCCAGCGUCAGCUAUUCUUGAUGGUGAGGAACCUUCCCUGCACUUCAAAUGGUGGUACGUGGUGCGGCUUUUACAAUGGCACCAUGUCGAAGGGCUGAUUUUUCCAUCCCUUAUCGUUGAUUGGGCUCUAAGACAAUUGCAGGAGAAAGAACCACUGGAGAUUUUGCAGUUGCUAUUGCCUAUUAUAUAUGUUGUUCUGGAAACUGUUGUUCUAUCACAAACUUACGUACGCACUCUCGCGGGAGUAGCUGUCCGUUUCAUCCGGGAACCUUCUCCUGGUGGAUCUGAUCUUGUGGAUAACUCACGGAGGACAUAUACAACGUUUGCUUUAAUUGAGAUGCUUCGUUAUUUAAUUUUGGCUGUGCCAGAUACAUUUGUUGCUCUGGAUUGCUUUCCAUUACCGCACAAUGUUGUAUCUUAUGCAGCUAAUGAUAUUGUUUCUAAGCCAUCUGAGGAGGCAGGAAAGAUGAAAAUUAAUUCAGCAGAAGUUGCUUCUGUAUUUAGGAGUAAAAGCUUUGAUUCUCAGUAUCAGACUAUGUCUUUCGAUUAUGUUGUUUCUUCCAUUCAGAAACGAGCUGACAAUCUUGCAAAGGCUGCAAGCCCUGGAUAUCCUGGUCAUAGUACGGCCAAGGCAUUACAAGCUUUGGAUAAAGCUCUUUUGAUGGGAGAUGUUAGAGGGGCUUAUAAAUAUCUUUUUGAAAAUGUUUGUAAUGAAACUGUGGAUGAUGGUUGGAUUGAAGAUGUCAGCCCAUGCUUAAGGUCAUCGCUGAAGUUUAUUGGGACAGUGAACACCUCUUUUGUUUGUUCUGUGUUUUUCCUAUGCGAGUGGGCGACAUGUGAUUAUAGGGAUUUUCGAUCUGCUCCUCCUCAUGACUUGAAGUUCACAGGUAGGAAAGAUAUUUCUCAAGUCUAUAUUGCAAGUCAGCUUCUAAAGCUAAAACUCAGAAAUUUGCAGAGCUCGUUUCGAUGCAAGAAUGAUAAAUCCCUUGGAGGCAGGAGUCGUUCUAAAGGAUCCAGUCAGAAGGAUGAUUUUCCUGGAAGGAGUUUUACAGGGGAUGGAUAUGAAUUCAAAAGUCGAACUGAGGAUAAGAAGAAUGUUAGUUCAUUAGAUAUAUUAGAGAGCCCUGGCCCUUUGCAUGAUAUUCUAGUAUGUUGGAUUGAUCAACAUGAAGCACACAAAAGGGGAGGGUUGAAGCGUCUUCAGCUGUUCAUAGUGGAACUUAUACGUGUGGGCAUUUUCUACCCUCAGGCAUAUGUCAGGCAGCUGAUAGUUAGUGGAAUUAUGGAAACAGGGGCCACUACGGUUGAUCAGAAUAGAAGGAAGAGGCACUAUCGAAUCUUGAAACAGCUGCCAGGGCUUUUUAUGCGUGAAAUCUUGGAAGAAGCAAAAAUUGCUGAAGGAUCAAAAGUUUUGGAGGCUAUGCAUGUUUAUUCCAAUGAACGACGUCUUGUCCUUCGUGGACUUGGUUGUGGUCAGUAUAAAACUCCAGUAAAUGCUAAUUUAUCAGCCAAGAAGCGUAAGCAACAUGCAGUCAAUGGAAGCGAUGGUCCAUCUGCAGCUUUUGUUGAUCAGUGGAAAUCUACUUAUUCUCCAUCCUACAUGUUGACUGCCAUGAAUGUUGAGAGUGAUGCUGACAUGGAAGAACUGAAAUCUUCUAUUUCAUUGUUGUUGCAGCUCCCAAAACAUAGUUGUAUAGAUGUAGGACUGGAUGGAUUGCACGGGACUGUCAAGAGACCUGCUGCACCACCGUGCAAGGAUCUAGGAGAAGGUACACCUGGAUGUGAAGAUUGUAGAAGGGUGAAGAGACAAAAGCUAAAUGAUGAGAAGAGCUCUAGUGUCCGAGGGCAUUCUCCAUUAACAUCAGAUGAUGAAGAUAUCUGGUGGGCACGGAAGGGGACUAAAUACUUGGAGUCUAUCAAAGUUGAUCAACCACUUAAGCCAUGCAAGCAGGCUUCUAGGGGUAGGCAAAAGAAUGUGCGGAAGACACAAAGUCUUUCUCAAUUGGCAGCUGCUAGGAUUGAGGGCAGCCAGGGAGCAUCUACAAGUCAUGUUUGUGAUAGUAAGGCUAGCUGCCCUCACCAUAGAACUGGAAUGGAAGGUGAAACUCUUAAAUCGCUGGAUGGUAUUGGAAAAUCACUUUAUGUAGAUGUUUUUUCAGUUGGAAAUACUUUAAAGCAGCUGCGAUAUGUAGAGAAGAGGACAAUUGCAGUUUGGUUGACAACUAUUGUUAGGCAGCUGGUUGAAGAGACUGAAAAAAAUGCUUUCAAAACUGGGCAACUUAGCCGGCCUUUCAUUUCUGUUGAUGAUAGGAGCUCUUUGCAAUGGAAGCUUGGUGAGGAUGAGCUAUCUAUCAUAUUAUAUCUGAUGGAUGUUUGUGGUGACCUGGUUUUGUUGGCCAAUUUUCUUCUUUGGUUGUUGCCGAAAGUUUUUAGCUACACCAGUUCAACUAUACAUGGUGGAAGAAAUUUACUGAUGCCAUUUAGGAACACGGAAAACCCUGCCUGUGAAAUCGGAGAGGCAUUUGUGAUAUCUUCUAUCCGAAGGUAUGAGAACAUAGUUAUUGCUGCAGAUCUUCUUCCAGAAGCGUUAUCAGCAACAAUGCAACGUGCUGCAGCAGUUCUGGCUUGUAAUGGAAAACUCUCAGGUUCAGCAGCCACAGCUUAUGCACGAUACCUUAUGGAAAAAUAUCGCAAUGUGGCUAGCGUCGUCGAAUGGGAGAAAAAUUUUAGGGCUACAUGUGAUAGGAGACUUCUCUCUGAACUUGAUUCUGGACGUUCUCUGGAUGGAGACCUGAUGUUUCCUCUUGCUGGAGUUGAGGAUCUUGAUGGUUAUCUUCGUCAAAAGAUAAGUGGAAAUCGGUUAUCCAGAGUGGGUGCGGGCAUGAGAGAUGUCGUGCAACGGCAUGUUGAGGAUGCACUUCUCUACUUUUUGGGCAAAGAGAGGAAGCAUCUUGCUGUUGGUGCACAAAAAGGUACUGCUGUAGAAAAAUCAGAUGAUGACUACCAGAUAGCUCAGAAAAUAAUUGUGGGGCUUAUGGACUGCAUGAGGCAGACUGGUGGCGCUGCUCAAGAAGGAGACCCAUCCUUAGUAUCAUCCGCUGUUUCUGCUAUUGUUGGUAAUGUCGGACCAACAAUGGCAAAGAUGACUGAUGUUACAGCAGGCAGUAACUAUUUAAAUUUGUCAUUCGCUACCAAUUCAUUAAAUAUUGCUAGGCGUAUGUUGCACAUCCAUAUUACCUGCCUAGGCCUACUUAAGGAAGCUCUUGGAGAGCGCCAAAGCCGGGUUUUUGAGAUAGCUCUUGGGACAGAAGCUUCUUCGGUUCUUGCUGGAUCUCUUGCUCCUGGAAAGGCUUCUCGAAGUCAAUUUCAAUUGUCUCCUGAAGCACAUGAUUCAACUAUGGUCAUGCCUAAUGAAGUUCUGAAUAACCCUGCAAAGCCAGCACUUGGGAGAGCUGGGAAAAUUGUGGCAGCAGUUUCUGCGCUUGUCCUUGGGGCUGUUAUUUAUGGUGUUACAAGCCUCGAGAGAAUCGUAACUGUUCUCAGAUUGAAGGAAGGGUUGGAUGUCAUUCAAUUUAUAAGGAGUUCAAAAUCCAAUUCAAAUGGUAAUGCCCGUUCAACUGGAUCUGGAGCUCUCAAAGUUGAUAUCUCUGUUGAAGUUUAUGUGCACUGGUUCAGGUUGCUUGUUGGCAACUCCAGAACUGUCUCCAAUGGUUUCAUUGUGGAACUCCUAGGUGAACCUUCUAUGUUAGCUCUCUCAAGGAUGCAGAGAAUGCUUUCUCUUAGCUUGGUCUUUCCACCGGCUUAUUCAAUAUUUGCCUUUGUUAUAUGGAAACCAUUUAUCAUUAAUACGAACCUUGCAAACCGGGAAGACAUCCAUCAGUUGUUUCAAUCUUUAGCAAUGGCCAUAGGUGAUGCUAUAAAGCACUUGCCUUUUCGUGAUGUGUGUCUGCGAGACAGUCAAGGUUUUUAUGAUAUUGUAGCUGCCGACACCAGUGAUGCUGACUUUGCUGCCAUGCUAGAGUUAAAUGGUCUGGACAUGCAUUUGAAAUCCAAGGCCUUUGUACCUCUUCGUGCGAGGCUUUUCUUAAAUUCUAUCAUUGAUUGUCGAAUGCCAAAAUCUGUUUUUAUGCAAGACGAUGGGAAUAGGUCUUCCGGACACGGUGAAUCUAAAGUUCAAUAUGCAGAGAACGAAACAAAGCUUCUGGAUAAGCUUGUAAAGGUAUUGGAUACCCUGCAACCUGCAAAAUUCCACUGGCAGUGGGUGGAACUCCGGCUUCUUUUGAAUGAACAAGCUCUCAUUGAAAAGCUCGAGACACAUGAUAUGUCUUUGGCAGAUGCUCUUCGCUCGUCUUCUCCUGGUCUUGAAAAGGCUGCUGCUUCUGAGAAUGAGAACAAUUUCAUUGAGAUAAUUUUGACAAGAUUACUUGUGAGACCUGAUGCUGUUUCCCUUUUUGCUGAGUUGGUCCAUCUUUUCGGAAGUUCACUAGAGGACUCGAUGUUGUUACAGGCUAAGUGGUUCCUAGGAGGGCAUGAUGUUCUUUUUGGACGGAAAACCAUCAGACAACGGCUUAUUAACAUUGCUGAAAGUAAAGGUCUUUCAACCAAGGUCCAGUUUUGGAAGCCAUGGGGCUGGUCUUAUCCUGGAUAUGAUCCUCCAAUAAACAGGAGAGAUAAGAAGUAUGAAGUUACCGCUCUUGAGGAAGGAGAGGUUGUUGAUGAGGGCAUGGGCCCAAAAAAGUCCGGAAAAGGGUCCAUCCAAAUCUCUGACUCAGAAGCUUUCAGUGGCUGCCAGCAGCAUGAAACUGAGAGGGCGCUCGUUGAAUUAAUUAUCCCUUGCAUAGAUCAAGGUUCCGAUGACUCUCGUAAUACUUUUGCAAGUGAUUUAAUUAAGCAAUUGAAUAACAUCGAGCAACAAAUAAAUGCUGUUACUCGUGGAGCGAGUAAGCAAAUUGGAACCGCUUCUUUUGGAAUGGAAGGGCCAACAACUAAAGGCAAUAGUCGCAAAGGUAUAAGAGGUGGGAGUCCUGGAUUGGUGAGACGAACAACGGGAUCGUCAGAUUCUGCUUUACCCUCUCCAACCUCUUUGCGAGCAUCAAUGUUGUUGCGGUUGCAGUUACUACUCAGAUUGCUUCCCAUCAUAUGCACUGAUGGGGAGCCCUUAGGGCGAAACAUGAGACAUGUUCUUGCCUCUGUAAUAUUGCGUCUUCUUGGAAAUCGUGUUGUCUAUGAGGAUGCAGACCUAUCCUUCCAUCCCAUGCUAAGCUCUCAGUCUAAGAGGGAAGCAGAAUCACUGUUGGAAACUGCUUAUGUUGAUUUGUCUUGUGAAAGUCUCUUCGAUCGGUUGAUAUUGGUCUUGCAUGGGUUGUUGAGUUGUCGCCAGCCUAGUUGGAUGAAGCCAAAUCCUGGCUCCCAGUCAACCAAUGAAUCCUCUAAAGAAUUUUUGAGAUUUGAUCAGGAGGUAGCUGAAAGUUUGCAGAGUGACUUAGACCGCAUGCAGCUUCCUGCAACAAUCCGAUGGCGUAUCCAAGCUGCAAUGCCGAUUCUUCUUCCUUCUGUUCGUUGCUCUGUCUCUUGUCAGCCACCAUCAGUCCCUUUAGCUCUUCUUUCUUCACUUCAGCCCAGUAUUUCAAUUUCUGGAUUUUCUGGUGGUAAUCUUCUUCAGAGAACUUCAGUUCCUUUGGCACGGUCAGCGAGCAACUUACCAGGAAAAUCCAAAGCAUUGUCUGUACAACAGGAUCAUGAUAAGGAAAUUGACCAGUGGACAUUAUUGGAAGAUGGUGCUGGAUCAGGCCCAUCUUCAAGUAACACUGCAGUGAUAGGAGGUGGAGACCAUGCUAAUCUUCGAGCUUCCAGCUGGCUUAAAGGGGCUGUACGGGUCAGGAGGACCGACCUGACCUACAUUGGUGCUGUGGAUGAUGACAGCUGAUUAUAGUUUAACUUCAUUCUUGAUUUGUUCUAAAGUGAGCAAAGCCCUUCCCUGGAAAUCUGGUGCUUUCAUGUGCUGUGUAGCAUUGGAAUCAAGAUUUCCAUCUUUUUGUUACCAUUCUUGCCUGUGAUGGCGAAUGAGUUAUUGGGAGGGAGGGACAUUUGUCUGGGGAAAGGAGGGGCACGGCGCGGGGUGUGAAAGGAAUUUGAAGAUCUUGCUGGCCCACGCUACCAGGUCUUGAUCUGCUUGACUUCUAACUUUUUUACUUUCCCCUCCCCAUACAAUCUGGACUGUUACCUGUAUCUGCAGUUCGGAGCUUGUUGUACAUAUAGAGAUAAUUGUUUCAACUUUAUCAAUUGAUCAGAGUUAAAAUAUUACGAGAA